CAUUCAUUAAUACUAGCAAAGCAGCAGAGAGCUUACACAUGACCCUCCAGAGACAAACAUGGAAGCUCUCCUUUCCCAAUUCACCCUCCUAACAAACCAGGCGUUGCAGGACAAGAACUUCGACCCUGCAACAAUCGACGAGCUUAUGAAAUUCUUCGAAAUCGAGGCCUACAACUCAUGGGCUGCACUGGAAAUCGAACAGAAUAAAGCCGUCGAAGAAGCCGAGGCCUCCUUGAGAGACGUCGAGGACUACCUCGACUCCAUCCUGGACGGCGCCAUGGAUGACUUCCGACGCUUCGAAGAGGAAAUGGACAAGGCGGCAAAGGCUGAACUGGAGAGCCUGGUUCAAGAGGCGAAGACUGCAAAGAAGAUGGGAAAAUUGAUCGAGAGUGCAGCCACAAUCGCUUCCAAGAAGUACAUAGAAGCUGCACUCUCUUCCGCCACUGCUUCAAUGAAAUCAGCAUUCAAAGGGGUCUCCUUUGCUCCUUCUAAGGUUCAUCCCUCUUAAGAGCCCCUUCUCUGUGUCAUGACUCAUGAAAAGAGCACCGGCUCUAAAUAAAUCUGUCUGCAGUUUUAAUUGUUUUUGCUGCUGGUGCUAUUGAUGCUAGUUUGGGUAUUCUGGAAUUAUUGUAAGUAUUUAGUUUUCAAUUCUAGAUAAGCAGAUUUCAUGAAUUUCUGGGUCGAUUGAGUUAGAGAUGUUGUUAAUCUGAUAAGGGUGGUUCUCUUUGGUUGGCAAGCAAGGACAAAACCCUUCUGGUUUA